GUACACGCGCCCCAGCAAUCUCCGUAUCUUGGCUUCAACCACCAUCACAUCUACACCAAACCAGCACACCAUGGCCGCUGUUCACCACCCACCCAACCCUCCCAUCCUCAACGCGUUCGUGUCGGAUGAUGCGCUCGUCAAGUCGCUUGCCGACUUCGUCAUCAAGGCGCAGAAGGAGGCUAUCGAGAAGAAGGGUCGCUUCACCAUCGCGCUUUCCGGGGGCUCGCAGCCCAAGCAUCUGGGCGGCCUCAUCGACCACCCCGGGGCCAAGUGGGACAAGUGGCAGGUGUACUACGUCGACGAGCGCGUCGUUCCGCUGAAUGACCCGGAGUGCAAUCACCUCGCCUGCAUGGAGGCGCUCUUCAACAAGGUGCCCAUCCCGAAGGAGAACAUCCACCACCUCGACGAGUCCCUACUCGGGGACCUCGAAGAGCUCUGCGACGCGUACGAGAAGGAGCUCAUCCGCGAGUUCGCACAAAAGGACGCCGCGCGCUUCCCCGUAUUCGAUCUCAUUCUCCUCGGCAUGGGACCCGAUGGGCACACCGCGUCGCUCUUCCCCGGUCACGAGCUCCUGCUCGAGGACGAUCGCUGGGUCGCAUAUCUCGAGGACAGCCCCAAGCCACCGCCAAAGCGUGUCACCUUCACCUACCCGGUCAUCAACCACGCCGCGCGCGUCGCAUUCAUCGCUACCGGCGAGGGGAAGGCGGAGGUGUUGCAGCAGGUGCUCGAUCAGCCCGAAAAGGGUCUGCCCGCAUCGCGCGUACAGCCCGUCUUCCCCGGCCAGCUGUACUGGUUCGUCGACGAGCCCGCAGCACGGCUAGUUCAGUACCCGCGAUCGGAGUUCAAGCUCUAGCAGGUGGAAAGGAUCUUGCGCAGAUGAGAGGGGGAUGAGAAGAGAAGAGCAGAGUCUAGAUUCGAAUUUCGUAUGUGAUACCCUGUCGAUGCCGUUCUGACAGGAAUUUGUACAAGUAUACCUCGACGUAAUGUACAGUGCUAUAUGCAACUUCCUGGAUCCUGA